GAGAGUGACUUCGGGAGGCGUUACAACUUGAGAUCGAGGCAGACCAUGGCGAGUGAGGGAGAAGUCGAGUCACUUCGCCGCCAGGUAGAAGAACAGAAGAUUCAGCUAGAGGAAGCGCUGCAGAGGGUCUCUCAGCUGGAGAAAGAGCUCGAAGAAGAACGGAAAUCCGUUCGACUGCAAGUGCUCGAAGCCAAGGAAGAGGUGAGAGAUAGAACAGAAAAGACGUUGGAUGACGUGAGAGCGCACCAGGAGCGUAUGCGCAAUGAGUAUACGGAAAUGCUGGCAAAACGGGAUUCACAAAUUGAGGAGCUCGUCCAGAAAUUGGAGGAUGCCAGAGAGAUAGCCCCACCCUUGGAGGAGGACGAAUUACGCACAGAGGAUGUUGCUGAGAGGGCAGAGAGCGCUAGCAGCCAAUCGUUGGGAACUACUAACCAGACAGGUAGGCAAAUGGAGGAGCAUCAAAGUCAUGAGUCGAGUGUUGCCAGUGCAAUGAGGGCCUGGAGUCUUCCUCGGUUGCAAAAGUUUACAGGGGAGAGGGUCAAUGACGAAGAUGGCUUCAAACAGUUUGUGAAAGAGUUCGAGAGAUACUCUCUGCUGGCUGGUUGGUCUGGUGAGAUUAGGCGGUUGCAGUUUGAAGUCCACUUGGGAGGCAGGGCACUGAGGAUGUACGAGUCAUUGAAAGAUGACCAACGCAGGACGUAUGAAGAAGCCCGAGAUGCGUUGAUAAAGGUGUUGCAACCUGUCAGACUGGAAUCCUACAGGCGUAACCAAUUUAACAGCAGACGUCAGAGAGAAGGAGAGUCAGUUAGUGACUUCGCAGAAGCAUUACAGCGAUUGAUGAUGCAAGCUUUUGAAAGGCACAGCAUGGACAACGAACUGCGAGACAAGAUACUACUCGGUCAGUUUGAACAGGGACUGUUGACCAAGUGGAAGACACACUUGAAGUACCCCUUGGAUACGUUUGAAGAUGGUGUAAGCCAGGCGCGAAUGGCAGAAGCGGUAGAGGAACAGUUGCUUGGAGUGUCUGCUAGGGGAAAUCCCAGAGGAAAGGCUGUCAAGCAGCAUACUGCACAAGUAACAACUGAGUCCACUCUAACCCGUAUACCAGGUGAAACUGAGCAGGACAAGGAAGCUGAGCAAGGGAUCGCUACCUCAGCUAAGCUUGGAGGUCCAACCAGGAAGCCAUGGAUAAGGUGUUUCAAAUGCCAACGGAAGGGACACUAUGCAUCUGACUGUCCUGACUUAGGAGGAGAUAAGGGACCAGUCAAGACCAAGCCACAGCAAGGAAGUAAACCUAGCCAGGUAUCAGUGGUACAACAGUCACCAGAGUCAGUGAGCCUGGAAGAGAGAAUCGAAAGGGCUAAAAAGGAAUACGAGGAAUUGCAGCUCCGACGGCUACGACUAUCGGUUGCAGCAACACAGGAAGAGGAGCAGGUAGCGGUUGUCACUGAAGCGGUAGGACCACGUCCUUACUCCCGAAUCCUAGUUGGGGGCUGUGAAGUAGAAGCAAUGCUAGAUACGGGCUCUCCUGUCUGCAUCGUUUCGGAAGCUGUACUUUUGCAGGUGGCCAGGAAGGGUAAAGUGCGGAGUAGUGAUCUGAAACGACCAGGAGUAAGGCUAACGGACUACAAUCACCAGGAGAUCCCGGUAUUGGCUCAAGUCGAACUUGAGUUAUCUGUGAAAGACGGAUUGACUGCCACAGUACCUGUGUUUGUGUCAGAGAAGGCUAAGCCACCUUGUCUGCUGGGACUAGAGGCCAGUUUGAAGCUAGGACUAGUAUCCUUAGCCCCUAGCGUAGAAGUCCGCCGUGCAACAGGAGGGUCGAGUGUAAACGCAGCCCGGACCAAUGUCCGACUGGUUGGAGCAUGUCGAGUUCCCCCAAACCACGCUACGUUUGUGAAGCCCAACCGUGACUGGCAGAGGAAGAGAGAGCUACUCACUGAGGAUACUAUCUUAGUACUGGAUCAGGAUGGCGCGGCUCAAAUUUUGGUGACCAAUGGGGAGGCCACACUGUCUAAGGCCGCCAAAGGAGAAGUUGUAGGUACAGUGGAAGACUGUGAUCUGGUCGAUGCUGCCCGUCUGUCCCGAGAGAAUACAGACAUGCUUGGCGCAGCUGUGCCCCCAGAUGAGGAGAGAGAACACACUGUGAAUACGGUAUCUGGACAGAGAGUGGAUAUGAGUGAGGGUGACGCAGAGAAAGUUAAGGAGAGGAAGGAAACGUUGUUGUCCCAAUUAGACUUCUCUGCCAGUGAGUUGCCCGAGGAGGUCCUAAAACAAGUGAAAGAAUGGCUUCUGCAACACGCAGAUGUCUUUGCCGUCCUGGAAGGAGAGCUGGGACGAACAGAUCUAGUCGAACACGAGAUUGAGACGGGAGACCACCAGCCCAUUAUGCAAAGGCCAAGAAGAGAACCGUUUUCCCUGAGGCCUCAGAUAGUGCAGAUGGUGGAGGACAUGCUUUCACAAGGAAUAAUUCGUCCGUCGUCAAGUCCGCGGUCGAGCCCUGUGGUCCUCGUCAAGAAAAAGGACAACAGUUACUAG